AUGGGAUUGGCACCGGCUGCAGACCAAAAUUUUAAGACAUUUCAAUCUGCAUACCCUUAUGUUGUCCAGAAACUUCUUUAUGAUAAUUCAGCUUCUGCAAGGAGAAUCUUAUACCUGCUCGUACGAUCAAAGGAUGGUGUUGUGCUGAGAAGAUUUUUGAUGACUGUGGAUGCAACAUCCUUAACUGGAGCUAUGAUUUCUAAAGAUGCAACCUUCUUCCGUCAACAUCUCAAUUGGGCUCCUGCUGAUAUAAUCUGCCACCGGAUGAUUAAGGUUGUUGGAUGGAAUGAAGCACUAGGCUAGCAUGAUCAUCAAGUGAUUGUGGUGAAAGGACAAGAGAGGGAAAUGGACCUGCCACCUGCACCUUGUACACAUGUCUUGCAGAAAGUUCUAAGUGACCGCUAGGUGAAAGCAAUAUAUUACAAGGUGCUGCACCAUGUAAGAGGAGAUCCUAUAUUGAUGCGCAGGUUGUAUUGGAGUUCCUUCACAAUCUUUGUGACAGCUAGAGAACUUGCACUGCAUCGUUUUUUGUCUACUGCUUAGGGGCACUCUACCUCUGUAUCAUUUGUACCGAGGCAUGUUGUUGUCAUGUAGUAAGCUAUUGGAAAAAUAGAGGAAAUCCGACUCUCAAUAUGGGAUUUCUUUAUGUGCACCUUAACUAUAUGGACAACCAUAGGUAGACGAUCAAGCCCUCUAAUAUAGAUAGAAGGUGCUGAUUUUUUUAUCCAAUAUGAUUGGAAGAUUAAAGUAAGGGAGAUGUAAGCUUGGCUGGCAGAAUAAUUUGAAAGGAUAUUUGUUGAUCUA